UGAAGUUUAUUUUAAAGCAAUUUCUAGGGGGCGUGCAUUUACCAUUAGGGAGGUCAAGGCUUCAUAUAUUGGGAAAUUUGUCAGGAUAUCUGGUAUUGUGACCCGUCGUUCAGAUGUCAGGCCCUUGAUGCAGGCAGCUGUAUACACCUGUGAAGAAUGUGGCUUUGAAAUUUACCAGUUUUGUUGUGUUUCUUUUUGUCUCAUGUACUAAACAGGAGGUGACUGCUCGAGUUUUCAUGCCCCUGUUUGAAUGUCCAACUGACUGUUGUAAAGUAAAUAAGACAAAAGGGAACCUCAUCCUUCAACUCAGAGCAUCAAAGUUCUUGAAGUUUCAGGAGUUCUUCCAUUUGAUAUGAUUUUCAUUCAUAAACAGUAACUUUAAUCACAAGCAAGAAUUUUCUGUUGCUGGCUCAUGAUGCUAGAUGACUUUUUGCAGGCCAAGGUUCAAGAGUUGGCAGAACAUGUUCCAAAAGGCCAUAUCUCGCAAUCAAUGACUGUCCAUUUAAGAGGAGAACUAACAAGAAAGGUAUUGGCAGAUAUAUGGGUAUAUGUGCUAUUGAUGAGUUUGACAAGAUGGAUGAAUCUGAUUGAACAGCAAUACAUGAAGUUAUGAGGCAGCAAAUUGUCAGUAUUGCUAAGGCUGGAAUCACCACAUCUCUUAAUGCAAGAACCGCAAUUCUUGCUGCUGCAAAUCCUGCCUGGGGAAGAUAUGACCUACGUAGAACUGCAGCUGAAAAUAUCCAUCUCCCUCCAGCCCUUCUAUCAAGAUUUGAUCUUCUGUGGCUGAUCCUAGAUCGAGCAGAUAUGGAUGGUGACCUUGAAAUGGCCAGGCAUGUUGUCUAUGUGCACCAGAAAAGAAACGAGAAUCUCCUGCUCUUGGUUUCACUCUGCUUGAAUCAUCAGUUCUCCGUGCAUAUAUUUCUGCUGCAAUAAGAUUAUCUCCUUAUGUUCCAAGGGAACUGGAGGAGUACAUUGCAACUGCUUACUCCAGUAUUCGACAAGGAGAAGCUAGAUCAAAUACCCCUCAUUCAUAUGCUACUGUGAGGACUUUGCUUAGUAUCCUCCGGAUAUCAGCUGCACUAGCAAGGCUUCGGUUCUCAGAAACCUUGGCUCAGAGUGAUGUGGAUGAGGCUCUUAGAUUGAUGCAGAUGUCAAAAUUCUCUUUAUAUGCUGAUGAUUGUCAGAAAUCUGGUCUGGAUGCAAUCUCCGAUAUCUAUUCAAUCCUGCGAGGUGAAGCAGCAAGGACUAAACAAGAUGGAUCUUAGCUAUGCCCAUGCACUAAAUUGGAUUUCUAGAAAGGUUAGUUCUCUAAGUCGGAGUUGAAUUUAUUGAUCUGGUACUGAAUAAUGAUGUCAAACAAUAAAAUGCCGUCCCUUUGAAGUGUCUGCCAAAGGUGACAACCAUUUUUUGCACAUGUAUUUCCUUAAAAUGGGUCUUCUAACUUCUGUUUGAGAUCACAUUUCUGGAAACAA